AUGAAUUUUACUAUAAUAGUUUAUUUACUAUGGAUUGUUAUCAACUGCUUAGCUCAAUAAAUCUCUUAAACCGUUGAAAUUUACGGAAAUGAAAAACUUCUAAACAUAUAAAUAAUUUUGUCAUCCUAAUUUGACUUCUAGCUUACUUUUUACAACAACAAAACUCAUUCUUUCGAAAUCCUAAAUUGCUCAAACCUUGAUAGAUGUGGAUGCUAAAGUCCUAAAUUUAGCAAUUUUUAUUGUUUCGAAAACAAUGGCGAAUAUCAUUUCCAUUUUUCUAAAUAACCUUAUGUUAAUGGGGAUACCAUAAUAAAGAAGGAAAAUAAAAACUAAAUUUAAAAUAAUAAUGAGAUCGAAUCGCACAGUUCAAAUUCUCAUUUUCGGAUUUUAGAUCUGGAGGAAUAUCUCAACAAGUCGUUAGCAGCUUAAACUGUUACUUACACAGAUAGUGACUUAUCAAGUUCAUUAUAAUUGGGAACUUACGAGCUAUAUAUGAAAUGGGAAAUAUAUACGAAUGGUUCAUUCGAUAUGGCUAUCGAUUAUAAUCAACUAAACUGGAUAGGUUUUGGAUUUUGCCCUACUAUGUCUAAUUGUGAUAUGAUAAUAUUGUAUCUAUCGCAGCAAACAGUGAUUGUAAUGGAUACUUUUUCAUAUGGCCAAUCAACACCAAGAACCGACAAAUCAAAUGAUAUUAACAUAGUAUCAUAUGCAGUCAAUUCUACAGGCUAUAAGGUUAGAUUCAAUAGAAAAUUGGAUACAGGAGACACAUCAGAUUAAGUGUUAGCGAAAGGAGAUAAAUAUACUUUUUGUGUAGCAUGGUCAGGAGCAGAUCAAAUAGAAAUGCAUAGCGCUUGGUAUAACUUUGAUAUCACUUUUGAUAAUGGAAUAGUUGGGCAAGCCACACUUUCAAAUGGUGACAACAUUUUAUUUUAUGUCCAUGCAGUUGUUCUAUUUAUAGCAUGGGGAAUUGUGGCAGAUUUUGGAAUAAUUAUAGGACGAUUUUUCAAAUCCAUAAACAGCUAUUUAUGGAUUCAUGCUAUUUGUUUCAUAUUUGUUGAUCUUUCGACAAUUGUGCUCGUAGUAUUAAUGCUGUUUGUUGGUGGUGAUUCAGGAAAUACAGUGGAAGAUGGUGCAUUGGAAGCUCACAAAAUAAUGUCAAUUGUUCUUGGUCUAGCUGUCAUAAUUUAACAUACCUUAGGAGUUGUUGUAAAACAUUUCCUUGAAUCUACAGGAAAAGAAAAUAGAUAGGCUCUGUUUACUAUCAGAAUGAUUCAUAUAGUUUUAGGAACAGUUAUGUACCUUGCAGCCAAAGUUGUUAUUAUUUUAGGAUUCAUCAAAAACGAAGAGAAAUUAUUAUUGGUUUUGGGAAUCAUAUGGACAGUCCUUUUGAUUCUCGUUAGAAUUGGAUUAGAAAUAUAUAAAUCCUUCAAUUCAUCAAUCAGAACUAAGAUUGCCCCAUAACAAUAAUAACCAUUGAGUGAGCAGUAGACAAAAUUACUAAAGUUAUUAUAAGGAAACCAUCCAACAGCUAGUAUCAUAAAAGAAUUACCAUAAAUUAAAUGGGUAUUGUUUAAUUCAGAUGUAUAUGAUGUUACAGAUUACUAACAUCCAGGAGGCAACUUCAUUAUUUCAAAUGUUAAUGGUCAAGAAAUCAGUCGUUAUUUCUAUGGUGCCUUUUAACUUGAAUCCACUACUAUGGAACCAUACACUCAUAGCUAGUUUGCAUAUCAAACCUUAUUAAAAAGAUACGUCGGAACUAUUUAAAGUGUUAAUUACAAUAAUUAAAAUCCAGGCUCAUUUUGGGAUUUAAUUGAAAAAGUAGAUUUGUCUAAAAACAUCUCUUUAUUUAAUUUCACUAAUCCGAAUUUUUAAAUCAACUUACGUCAAAAUGUUCUAGAUUUAGGUUAGCACUUUAGUGUUUCACUUUAAGAAGUUGGUGGAAAGAUAAGAAUGUAUACAAAAGUAUUGUGCAUGUCAAAUCCAUAUCAAACAUUUAGAGAAUAAGUUAUUAAAUAUAAUGAAGGAAAAAUCACUCAGCCACCAUUGUUGUAAUUUGAUAAAAUCAACACAGUCCCCUUGAUUAUCAAAAAAUACAACUUUCCUAAGGCCUUAUCUGCAUAAAUCUUUGAACAUCAAGGUAACUUUUGGGUUUAAGGUCCUUUCGGAAGAGGAUUAGAACUUGAAUCAAAAUCUAAAUGCAUAGCUUUUGUUGGAGGUACUGGUUUAUUGCCAUUUUUGGAUUUGUUAGAUCAUUUAUUGAUGAAAUCUAUUUACCUAACAAAUAAAUAAAAGUAAUAAUAAAUUUAAUAAUUCUUUCCCUAAUAUGAUCAAUUAGAAGAAUCAUUUGAAUUUACAUUGCUAGCUUCAUUCCAAAAUGAAGAAGAAUUCAUUGGCAAAGAUUGGAUAAGAAAACUUUAUUAAAUUAAUUAAACCAAUAAUUUAAAGUUGUUUAAUAUGCAAAUAAGAUACUCUGAUUCUACACUGGAUACAGUGAUUCCUGCAUUUAGAAGCAGAUUUAAUGAAGAGCUUGUUAGAUAGCAUUUAGGAGACUUUAAUAAGAAAGUUUAUAUAUGUGGUCCCCCAAAUAUGAUUUAUUCUCUCACUCAAAUUAUCUCAAAAACAGAACAGGAUUAGACCAAAGUUAUGAUUGUUUGA